GAACCACGACCCCUAAAAAAGAGGCGCCUUUUUCUUUUCUUUUCCCUUCCGGAUCCUCCGCGCGCGCCGCCACGAUGGCCGCCCUCCGCCUCCCCGCCCCGCCGGCGGCAAGGUGGGCCCCGCUUCCUUCCCAAGUGUCUGCCCCCGCCGCCGCCGCCGCUACCGCCGUGGCGCGGCGGGUCCGUCCCCCUCGCCGCCUCGUGGCGCUGCGGGCGAAGGGAGAGGAGACGCCGGAGACGCCGGAGCCGCCGGUGAGGACGCUGCUGAUCGACAACUACGACAGCUACACCUACAACAUCUUCCAGGAGCUGUCGGUCGUCAACGGCGUGCCGCCGGUGGUCGUGCGCAACGACGAGUGGACGUGGAAGGACGUCUUCAACCGGGUGUACAAGGACAGGGCCUUCGACAACAUCGUCAUCUCGCCUGGCCCUGGAUCUCCGGCGUGCCCCGGUGACAUUGGUGUAUGUCUGCGGAUACUUUUGGAGUGUGGAGACAUACCCAUCCUGGGUGUCUGCCUUGGCCACCAGGCCCUGGGAUUCAUACAUGGUGCUAAGAUUGUUCAUGCUCCGGAGGCUAUACAUGGGAGACUCAGUGAAAUUGAGCAUGACGGGUGCUACCUCUUUAAAUGCGUUCCAUCUGGUAGAAACUCCGGAUUCAAGGUAGUGAGGUAUCAUUCACUUGUAAUAGAAGCAGGUUCUCUAUCUGAUGAUCUUAUGCCAAUAGCAUGGACUGCCUCUCCAAAUUUGCUCUCUUACCUUGAAAGUGAUCGAACUGAUGUUAGUCCCUUCCUGGGAUCGUUGGACAACAACUUUAUGGCAAUCCCUCUAGAACACAGUAUCAGUUGUGGGGAACUAUCCAACAUAAGCAAUGACAAUGCUAGUGAGUCAGAUGGUUCCAGGGUUAUAAUGGCCAUCAGACACUCUAGCAGGCCUCAUUAUGGAGUGCAGUUUCAUCCAGAGAGCGUUGCUACUCAUUAUGGAAGACAGAUUUUUCAAAACUUCAAGAAGAUGACAAGAGAUUUUGGAUUGCACUCAUCAUGGCUUCAGGAAACAAAGGUUCACAGUAUUGACAUUUCUGUUGUUCCGCAGGUGAAUUCUGCUGGCCAAUGUGGUUCUGUCUCCCAUGAUUUGUUGCAUACUGAAAGACUGGAACUCCAGGAGCCUAACGGGGCUUGCAUGCUUGCACAGAGAGCCAUUGGGAAAAAGUGUUUACGGUUGCGAUGGAAGAAAAUCGAUAGGUUCCUUUGUUCCUCAGUUGGAUCAGAAGACAUAUUUACCGCUCUUUUUGGCCAUCAAAGCGGUGAAGACACAUUUUGGCUGGAUAGCUCAUCAGUUGAUCAGAAUAGGGCACGCUUUUCAUUCAUGGGUGGUAAAGGUGGAUCCCUAUGGAAGCAAAUGACAUUCCACCUAUCUGGUCAAAGAGCCAAUUGUGGAGGAACCCUUAUUAUCCGAGAUGCUUGUGGAUCUACUGCCAACAACUUUAUCAAAGAAGGUUUUUUGGAGUUCCUUAACAAGGAAAUGCAGUCCAUUGAAUACAACGAAAAGGAUUACGAAGGACUGCCCUUUGACUUCCAUGGUGGCUUUGUUGGAUAUCUAGGGUAUGGUCUUAAAGUUGAGUGUGGUGCAUCAUCUAACAAGGCCAAAUCAAGUACUCCUGAUGCAUGCUUCUUCUUUGCUGAUAACACCGUGGUGGUUGAUCACAGUAACGGUGAUGUGUACAUUUUAUCAUUGCAUGAUGAAUUUUCUUCAAGUAAUGGAGAUGGGACAUGCAGAAAUUCAACACAUAAUUCAUGGUUAGUGGAGACUGAGAAGAAGCUUCUUAGACUGGGCGCUAUGCCUCCAGGAUUGCUGAUUAAUGGGAAGGCAUAUGCUAUAUCAUCUAAUGUGAAUAAGCAAAGUUUUGUUGUAGAGAAGUCCAAGGAUCAAUAUAUUAGAGAUGUUCAGAGUUGCCUGGAUUAUAUCAGAGAUGGAGAAAGCUAUGAGUUAUGCUUCACUACUCAGAUGAAGAGAAGAGUAGACUAUAUAAAUGCGCUCCAGCUCUACCUUAAAUUGAGAAAACAAAAUCCAGCCCCUUAUGCAGCCUGGCUUAACUUCUCCUCAGAAAACUUGAGCAUAUGCUGCUCUUCUCCUGAAAGGUUUCUACGACUAGAUCGAAGCAAAACUCUAGAAGCAAAACCAAUCAAAGGCACUAUAGCACGUGGCAGAACACCAGAGGAAGAUGAAUGCCUGCGUUUGCAGUUGCAAUACAGUGAAAAAGAUCAGGCUGAGAACUUGAUGAUUGUUGACCUCCUAAGAAACGAUCUGGGUAAGGUUUGUGAACCUGGGAGCGUUCAUGUUCCUCGUCUCAUGGAUGUAGAGUCAUAUAAAGCUGUUCACACCAUGGUGAGUACCGUCCGUGGAACAAAGAAGUCGAAUCUGAGCCCUGUCGACUGUGUCAAAGCAGCCUUUCCAGGUGGUUCAAUGACUGGGGCCCCGAAAGUUAGAUCAAUGGAGAUUCUCGAUUCACUUGAAUCUAGUCCGAGAGGUAUCUACUCAGGAUCCAUUGGGUUCUUUUCGUAUAACCACACGUUCGAUCUGAAUAUUGUGAUCCGGACAGUCAUCCUGCACAAUGGAGAAGCUACAGUAGGGGCAGGUGGGGCGAUUGUAGCAAUGUCAGACCCAGAAGCAGAAUACGAUGAAAUGAUGCUUAAAGCAAGAGCACCUACAAAGGUGGUUGAAGGUUGCAGUCAAACAGUUUACAGUUCAGAUCGAUCAGAAUCGAUGCAGGCAACGACAAGUUAGAUCAGAUAGCAAAUACAAAUGUUCAGGCUUCAUUAGUUAACCAAAGGCCCAUUCUAACAAAUUGAUCUCAGCAGUUGGUGUGCAUGCUAAUGGACAAUGGUAAUGGAACUGGUCGAUUGGGGAUGGAUACGAAGGCAUUGCAAUUCCAACCCCUUUGCUGAAAUGAAAUAAAAGAGAGAUUGAAGUCAGAUUUAUGGUGGCAUUUACGGUGUGUUGUUAACUGCAGGCUGGAGCUACAAAACAUAACAAUACCAGAUCAACUUGUACCUCAAUAGGCCAUCCCAGAAUUUUUGUUUUCUUUAGAA